UAACCCUCAGCAUAACGGCAUUACGAUGCUAACGAUUGAUAACCAUUGACAACCAUUAGCAUCACGUUCAAAAAAGGGAUUUUACUCGUUUUUUCUCACUCGGACAAGGCGCCGCAGACUCACGCCCUGUUUGACAACACUCCAAACCAGGAGCGUGAUGCCAUGUAUCGGCUGUCCUGAAGGAUAAACUUUGGAGACUUCACGUGGCGAUGGAUUCACACUUCACUGCUUAGCUGGAGUCUUUAAGUUUACGAGACCAACUGCCAGAUGACCGGUGGACCUCGUCAUGAAGCCCAUCAGCUAUCAAAGCAUGCCAUCUUCUGUGCACGGUGGACAUCCCACCGUGGACCACGUAUUGAGCACUUCAAAAGUGAUGUACUGUGAGAAGUGUGGCUUUGCUUCGACAGACGCCUCAGUCUUUAACAAGCAUGUGAUGGAGCAUGCAGGGACACGAUUUUACUGUUUUUAUUGUAAUAAAGUCUCCUUCAGUGAGGCUGAAUUGAAUGCGCACUUGAAGCAACACACAUCGAAAUAUCCAUUCAUAUGUCCUCACUGUGGACAAGGCUACAUGAGGAGACUGUGCCUUGUGAAGCAUAUCGACCGCUUGCAUAGCAAAAUCAUCAGUCAAGGACCUCCUAAGCCUGGGAUGACAAAAGCGCCACUGGUCCCCGUCUGCAGUGCCUUAACAAGUACGUCCACUGCUGAUUCAGCACCACUUCGGCCGCUGGUCCGAGUGUCGGUGCCCCCACCAAGUAUACCCGCUGUCAGACUGGGGAAAGACGAGCAGAGGGGGAAAACUAUGGACACAAAUGUAUCGCAUGUCGCUAACGGCAUUUCAGAACGUUCCCCCUUCAACGGACUCAUUCAGCACAACAGGGCUCUGACAGUUUCUCUGCCGGAAGAAGUGUCAAUCCCUGCUGGCUGCCUGGUGGAGCUUGUUGAGGUAAAAACUGUCAAUGGGACAAAGGAGUUAAAGCUCCGGCUCGUCUCUCAACAAGAAAACGAGUCUGUUAUCAAAGACACAAGGACCAUGGUCCCUCAGAACCUGGCUUUGGGAAAGCCAUUGUCCUCCACAGUGAAUCACCCAAACACAGCGAGGUCUAACAGUAUGGGCACGUGCAUAGUCAACAGGAAACAAUGUGAACAGAAAGCUGUGACUGUUGAGCACCCAGCUCCAGCUCCAGUGAGCAUUUCCAACAGCCUCCCGAACACUGUCAUCAAAGAAAAGUGUGGUUUAAAAAGACCGACGCAAGAAAUAAUCAACUUGGACUCAAGCCCAGUCCUAAACAAGAUUCAAAAAACUAUCCUCAACCCUGUAAGAGAAGGCAACAGUAGCACCAGACUGCCACCAGCACCCGUCAGCCCCAAGGCAAUGCCAUCAACAGUCGCCCCCCGGGGAGUUAUCAGCAUGUUGAAUAGCACGAUGCAUCCGGACAGCAAAGUUACUGGUGUCUCUCCGAGAGUGGUGGAGGAGAGGAAGCUGGGGCGUCCGGAGCUUUUCCUCAAUAUUCCACCCAGGAGGACAAGCGACCCCAAAAACAUUCGGGAUGUGUCGGUGGCUGUGAAGGUGGAGCCCGGGGUGAGCCACCUCAAGAGCAGCGCGGUUCCCAAAACCAUGAAAGAGUCUGUGUCAAUGACCCCGCAGUGUUUAAAACCAGCGCCUCCCUCUGUGAGCGUUCCAGUAGUCACAGCUGCUCAAAUUAGACCGCCAGCGGUUUCACUCAGUAAGGAUACUGUAGUCAACAAACCUUUCUCAUUAUCCAGGACUCCUAACAUCCCCUUAUCAAUCAAAACGGAUUUCCUCUCGAACUACAAAACGUCAGAAAUCUUUUCACGGUCUCAGGACGUCAGAUUUAAUGAGAUGAGAAAACCGGAGAGUUUUCCAGUCAUCUCGUCUGUGUUUUCAUUAAGCCAACAGCCAGAGGAUGAUCAAGGUCCCAUUAAGCCACUUGUCAUGGCUUUACGGGGAAUUGUGAUGGAUAAAAAUCCGGGUUCUGCCAGCGCAACUCAAAAUGAGGCUAAGAUGCCAAGGAUCACAGAGGAGAUCAACAAAGCCCCGUUAACUGGCCGCUGUGCUCAGGUGGACACAAAGAACGAACCCCUCACCCACGACCUGACGCUGACCGAGCAGAUAAAUGACUCUGUGAAAGAAAAAGACUCUGUGAAAGAAGAGAAGCCAGACAAGGGAGAUCAGCAGCCUUCUGCACCGACCCCCGAGGACACCUGCGUCAACGAGGAACAGAACCACUCUCUACCCGACGCUAUCAAAAGCAGCGAGUCUACUGAUUCAAAAUCAAACACAGAUGAGGAAUCUCAAAUUUCCUCGUGUGCAGAGGCUUCUCCCAACCCGGACCCUCCUCAGCAAGAAGUCAGAACUGAGCAAGGCAUCUCUUCAAAGUAUUUGACAGUCUCUCUGAAAAGGGUACAAGUUGGCGUGUGGAAAAAAUGCAAGAAGAGGCUAAAACUGAGAAUAUCCAGAUAUAAGACUCGGGUACCUGUGGGUGACAGCUGGACAGUCAUUUACCCGACGCCACUGAAGCUGGACCAGCUCGUAAAACAGCCGGGUCCAAACCAGCCGGUGGUGGUGCUCAACCAUCCAAAGCCACGCCUCCCUCCACGGGGACUGAGAACUGAAGGCUCUCAGGUGGUUCCAGAGUACCAUAUCUUAAAAAUGAGACUGAGCAAAGUGAUGGGGCGGAAGUAUAAGGUGAUUGGGUACACUGUCAGAUUCCUUUCAUGAAUGUAUUAAUUACUGUAUCUAAACAAACAUGUACAGUUUUGAGAGAACGGUUAGUAUUCCACCUGGACAAUGGUAGUUAUCAAAAUAUCAAGACCGUUUUUUUUUUUUUAAGUGAAGCAUUAAAUGGAUGUUAUAAACAUCUGAGUAUUGCAGAACGCUGUCUUUUAUGUAUUAUACGAUAAUUCCAUGAUAUGUUUCAUGAAAAAUGGGUGGGCCCUCUGCUAUAACCUGCACUUAGUAAUACAGGUGUUAAAUACUGUUCCAGAAAUAAAAAAGAAAAAAUAAACAAACCAAGUAGAUCUGUCAGAGAUGUCCAAGCAUGCGGUUCAUUUCAGUGGGCGUAGGAAUUUUCUUGCUUCUUUUGAAUCUGUGCGUCAUCUGACUGAGCUCAGACUGACAGCUUAGUUAGACUUCUCACACAGCAGUUAUUAAAUAUAUGUGCUGAUGCUUUAUGUACAAUGUCAUUUCUUUUGUUUUUGUUGGUUCAAUGUCACUUGCAGUAGUUGACAAGGAAUUCAAAGUAAUCUUAGUCAAGUAUUGGACUGAAUCCCGUGAAUGGAUCAGUUCAGGUCAAUGGGAGUGAACUCGUCUGGAUCUAAGCUGUGCGUCCUCGACACCAACACAUGUUUCACAGUCGUGAAAUGCCCGAACAGCUGGCAUCUCUUCAUGAUUUUCAUCCAAAAAAAGUCAACAAUCAAACAUGUAUGACCUUAUAGAUCUUCAAAGGACCCGAUCACUUUCGAUUCUUCUAAUAAGAAUGAUUCGAUGCAAAUCCCGUCUGUCAGUGUUUCGACGACGCAUUCAGGCGCCUGUCCAAACCAUUGUAUUUGUAAAUGAUCGCCGAACCGUAUUGUGUUUCCAGUCACUGGUCUCUUCCUCAAAUGACACCUCGCAAUGUAAAGCCGUUGUAAGGUGUAAAUACUGUAAUUUGGAUGUCAUGUUGCAGGAACAUGAAAGUCUGGCAGUCGUACCCUGGUCUACUGCCAUGAGUGAAGUUUUUAGACUGAACCGAUGAAUGCGCAGGUAUAUAAAAUACUAUCUUAAAGUGACGUGGUGGUCACAGGAGAUAGGAGUAUGACUUAAAUUUCUCCUCUGUUUUCUCACUUUACAUUUUAUUAAAUUAUUAACCAAGUGUCAUCUACUUUGCACAGUACUGUGGAUCACCUAUGACGCUAAGAGGAGGUAUUCACCACGUUGCUGGCCACUCCUGGUGAUCAGUUUGAACACUUGGGAUUUUGGCCUGUUCGUAUAGAGGAGCAUGAAUUUGUUUAUCAUCUGUCAGGAUGGAAAAUGUAAAGAACAACUUGUCAUUUUUAAAGAAUCAUUCGGAAAUGUUUCUUUAAUUGUACAGUUUUGUGUGAAUUUGCCCUCUUUCAGUUUUUGGCCUUUGUAAUUAGUUGCAUAUGUUUUUGUGCCUAACUCUUUUGAGUUUCCAUCAGGUUCCAUCCCACUAUAGCUUCGAUCUGUCCUCGGGAUUUAAAGUCCUGCGUGCGGCCACGGCGAAACGAAAGCCACCCAGACUGGUCUAUUAGUGCAACAGUAAAGAAAGCCAUGCGCUUUUCAUCCCUUCAUGCUCGGUGUUAGAGGUGGUUCUUGAAUGCGGGGAACUCGUCGCGUCCUUCGUGAACAAGCGAUCCUGAUAGCUGCCAGACCUGUGUUUUCUCUAUCGACAGCAUUAGGACAGCUGUUUAUGAUGUACUGAUUUAUGAGGUGCUAGACCUAUAAUAUUAGGGUUUAGUUGCCUCCCGUUUUUAUUUUGUAUAUAUGGUUUUGGUCAGGCUAAGAUUUUAUUAUGUGUAAAUAUAUAUAAAUAUAUCUAUAAAUAUAGACUGCUGUUCAGACUCCACAAGGAAUGGUCUCUUCUGUUCUGACAUGUACGCUGUGCUUUACUUUUACCGGCGGUGCAGUGUCUGAAGCUGCUGUGCAGUCUUUGUUAUAAAUCAUAUUAAAGUUGUUUCAUUGUUUUGUUUUCUCUGAAUCACUUUGGUUUUUUUUUUUCUUCCAUUCUUCAUUUGUGCAAAACGUUGUCCCUUUCCUGUUAAAAGUGGUCUUUGGUUCUAUUACAUUGCCAGUGUUCAUUAUUAUUGUGACCUUUGCUUUUAUAACAGUUGUGUAAUUCUUUCUUUUUCUAUUAAA